UAAUGCUUACUCAACCUCUGGCAGCAACAAAAACCAGUAGGUGCCUCAGACCACAGCAGAGCUCAGAGAAACGUGUGGAAUCAACCAAGGAGACAGCAUGGUGAAGUUCGCACCCUUGUCCGUGCCGUGGGAGCGCAGACUGCAGACCUUUGUGGUUCUGCAGUGGAUUUUCUCCUUUGCGGUCCUGGCCCAGAUCUGCAUUGCUGUCUUCAUAGGCCUCCUGUUCACAAGAUUCUGGAUCUUCAGUGUCCUGUAUGCAGUCUGGUGGUACCUGGAUCUAUCCAAGCCAUGGCAGGGGGGCAGGCGCAUUGAGGCCUUAAGGUGCUGCGUCAUAUGGAGGUACAUGAAGGACUAUUUCCCCAUCUCGCUGGUCAAGACUGCCUAUCUGGACCCCUCCCGGAACUACCUCGCUGGUUUCCACCCCCAUGGGGUUCUGGCCACUGGAGCUUUUACCAACCUGUGCACAGAGAGCACCGGUUUUUCCUCACUGUUCCCUGGCAUCCGCCCACAUCUGAUGAUGCUGAACUUGUGGUUCUGGACUCCUUUCUUCAGGGAUUACAUCAUGUCAGGGGGGCUGGUCCCAGUAGACAAGGAGAGCGCCGCUCACAUUCUGAGCAGGAAAGAAGGUGGCAACCUCAUGGCCAUCAUUGUUGGGGGCGUCCAGGAGGCACUGGAUGCCAGACCUGGAGGCUGCAAGCUGGUGCUGCGGAACCGCAAGGGCUUCAUCAGGCUCGCCCUGACAUACGGUGGGGAAGCCCAUCGAGGUGCAGAAGACGCCACAUCCCUCCCAGGAGGAGGUGGACAGGCUGCACCAGCGCUACAUGCAGGAGCUGGAAAACCUCUUCGAAGCCCACAAGCUCAAGUACAACGUCCCCAGAGACCAACACUUGGAGAUCUGUUGAGUGCCUCCCCAGAGGAGGGACUCCUCCAAAGGGCAGUGCUGGCAUUAGGGAGGAUGGAGGAAGAUUCUGUGAUCCCAGAAGGCUUCCUUCAGGUGUCUGUUGAACUCAUCUCCAGAGCCUUCACUGACUCCUGCAUCUCUACCCCAGGCCUUGGGUCACAGCUGGCUCCAUGGCAGAGGAGACCAGACUCUGGCAUAGUUGAUUUGCUCUCCUGCACUGACUCUUCUGUAGUGGGCCCUCUCCUUCAUUCUGCCCACCUGAGAAAUGGGAGAGGAUGGUGUGUGGUGUCUCUGUCCUCUGUGGUCCUGUCACUCAAUGGGCAGGACAAGAGCAGCUCCAGUGAGCAGGUUGCUCUUCCUCUGCCUUGAGUGACAUCACAGAAGCAGCCCCCAGCUGCAGCCCUUUCUCCUACAAGCUCCCUCAUCCUGCAUCCUGCCUGUCCCAGCUCCUCCCUCUCUGAGAUGAAGAGGAGGGCGAGGCCACAACCCCCUGACUUAUCCUGGCACCUUCGAAUUUCUGGACCCUCUGAGCCCCAGAGUAGCAGCCAGAGAGGCUGGGAAGUGGGGAAGGAGACUGUGGCUUUAUCACUGGCUAAAUGACCAUGGCAGACCUCUUCACCCUCCCUCUGAGUUUCAGUUUCCCCCAAGGACUAAGAUAACCUCUGACCUCAGCUGUGAUGUCACAAUGACUGAGAGCUCCAUGAGUCAGCUGUGACUCCUCCUUUGUAACUUCAGCCCUGACUUUGACACAGAAGGGAGCUCCAUAAAUGUCAACUCAUCAAUGACAGAAUCCUGUUUCAGCCUUCUUCUCUUCCCUUACCCUACUCCCCAACUGGGAACACUGGUCAAAGCCUCCCAUUUUUGUCCCAACCUGGCCCUGCAGCCCUGCUGCUCUGUGUCCUCUUCCCAGAUGGUGGAUCGGAAGGGCCAGAGAAUGGCAUGUUACUUCUUCCUCUCUACCAGUCAGCUCCAACUUACCACCUCUGGCCUGUUCUAUGGGAGACAAGGGGAAGGCUAUGUACAGACACAGGGCAGACCAGCCAGAGAAGUAACAUGAGGAGUGAAUGGUCAGUGUCUGCAAGCAGGGCAGUAGGGGACAAGCCUCUGAUAAGGAAAAUUCUGGGUCACUGGCUCUGGGAUAUGUGUCAUGAGUGAUUGGACAGGAUGGUAGGGUAGGACCAGUACUAUGAACGCCCACAUCUGAAGUGGGAAAGCAAGUUCUUUUCCCUCCAGAAGCUAAUCACAGUAAUAAGUACAAAUGGGGUGUUGGGGGUGGGGGGAGUGGAGAGAAAUUCUGUGGAUGUAAAUUUAGGUUCAGUGACCCUGAGCAAGACCCAUCCCCUUUCAACCUCAGGUUUGUUAUCAGGGAAAUAAGAAUUACAGUACCUAACUUGGGUUUGUGAGUGGAGUAGAUAAUAUGAGAUGGUUAACCAUUCCACAUUCUGUGAGGAGUGCUGGGGAGUAGGAGUAAUUAGCAGGCAGGCCAUAAAUGUACUCAGCAUCUCUUGAUGGCCUUUUCUGACCCUAGGAGGUGGGAGCUAUAGGGUCCCAAGAGAAGGGGGAAUCAAGUGCAGUGGGGUUGAGAGGGGAAGUGAUGGUUUCCAUCAAGGGAAGAGGGAGGAAGUGGCAGGUAAGCAGGGCCAUUAAGGAAGGGCUAGAUUUUCCAGGAGAGAAGUACCUGCCCACUGCAGUUUUCUACUGCUGGUAUUGAACCACUUCAGACCUUAGUGGCUGAAGGCAGUAAGGAUUUAUUAAGUCCACAUCUCUGUGGAUGGCUGGGUGGUUCUUCUCCCUCUUUCAGCUCCCACCUGCUGUGUUUUGGUACCUGCUGAUCUCUUGGGACCAGGAUGCUCUGUCUCCUCAAUUUGAUCAUCCAAAGGUCACCUCCUUGGUCAAGCCCUGCACACCCACCACCUUCAAACUAAAACCCUGCUCUCCCAAUCCACUGCCUGAUUCAAAGUUAGUUAUCCCUCUUGUAGGGAAGUUUGGUGUGAAAGAUCCAUGACUGAUGAUAGGUCAAGUUUGUCACCAGAGAGCUGGAAGCACCUAGGGGUUCCCACUCAGUUCACUCAGGAGGAGGCAGCCGACCUGCUUCAGCAGGUACAGUUUCAAAGCCUAGAGUGGGGAAUCACUCCCAAGCUCUCCCAAGUGGCUGCUGGCAGAAGGCUUCAGAGCCCUGCAUGUGGGCCUCUCCAUCACGCUGCUAAUUGACACCAGGAUUCUCCAGAGUAAGCCAGUCACCAAGGAGAGAGAGACUGAGAGGGAGCCCAAGACAGAGAGAGAGAAGCAGUACUGCCUUCUAGUACCUAGACCCUGAGUCACUCACCAUCAGACCUGCCUUAUUCUAUUUGUUUGACGUGAGGCCCUAAGCCCAGUCCACUCUCCUCCAUAGGAGGGUGUGACACCUGGAGGUGAAGUCACUGCAGGCAUCUUGCAGGUGCUACCACAGUGACAGCCAACGAGCCCUCAGAGAAUGGACUGGGCAACCUCAACACUGUGGGGUUGCAGGAGGCUCUCUGCCUGGAGGACACAGGCUGAGAUGCCCACACAGCAGGGCCCCAGGUGGGGCAAAGGUGUGAGCACAGGUCAGAGGUGGGAAUCGUGGCUGUGAAUCCAGGCCUGGCUGGGAUGCAGUACAAGGUGCCAUCAGACUUAGGGCACCUGGAUGGGGAAUGGGGACAGACUGGUUGGGCCAGAGGGAGGGAGAUACCCCUCUUUCACUACAGCCUUGGAGGCCACACAUUAAAGACCUCAAUCAAACAAGUUAAGAGCGGAGAGCCUGAUCUGAGAGGAAGGCUGCCUACAGAGGUACCCUAUUAGGAGCAUCCACACUGGACUUUGUGUGGACAGAAGUAUCCUUCCAUGUGUUCAACACUGACACUGAGGUGUUUGUUAAGCAGUUGGCCUCCCCAAGGAUACAGAGAUCCAGGAGCUUCACAGCAAGGGUCCAAUACUAUACAGCACCUGCUCCCUGACACCCCAUGAUCAUCCUAACCUGCCUGAGUGUCCUUGCCCUUAUGGGAAGAUCUUCCACCAACACACAGGCCAACUCAGACAGCCCGAGGAGCAUAGGUAGAGGUAGGAGCAUAGGCUCUCUAACUGUGGUAAAGAGGCUCAGAGGUCUGCAGGAGUGUCCUCCUGAAAUCAGGCUGCCCUUUGUUCUCAAACAUCAUUACUCACAGGAAACAAAUGGCCUGUUGGGGCCCUGCCUGGUGACACUGCUGGAUGGUGACAACAAUUGGGACAAAGGUCAGCCAGCACAGAUCUAUCAGCAACCACCUGGCCUGACCCAACCUCACCCUCUCAGGAGGACUGGGCUUUGCUAGAGAUCAGGAGGAGGCAGAGGUGGGAACAUGGGAGCUGCUGAGGGAGCCAAGGCAGAGAGGAGGAGAGGGCAGAGCACAUGUGGGCAAGACUUCCUGGUGAGGGUCAGGGUCAAGGUGAGGUUUAGGGAACAGGAGGCUGAGGUUUAGGCCUUUGUGCAGUGAAGUUCUAUUGAAAUAGAGAGGGAGCAGGGCAGAUAGGGUCCCUGAGGAUACCUGGCCUGCUGUCUGGAGGAACUACUGUCCAGUUCAGGGGUCAGGAAUUCGUCUCAGGUUGGGAGGAGCCCUGGAAGGUGCUUGAGCUGGAGCAGGUCAUGGGCCAGAUAGAAGGGCAGUGGAUGCCUCAGGGUUGGACUGGGCAUCUGUCUUGGUGACCCCACAGCAGGACAGAGUCAGCUCCCUAAGCAAACUGCUCAGUGAUUACCUACUUUGUGCUGGGCUCUGAGUGGAUGCUAUACAUGCAGUAUCUCAAUGUAACUGACAGUGACUUCCUCAUACAGAUGAGGUUCAUAUCAGAGGUUUGAGACCUUUCUAGAAUCCUGGCCCCAAUAUGAAACCUGCUUGCAACAGGUGUCCUGCUCUCACCUUGCCUACUGUGGCCUCAAACUUGGCCGAAUUUUACAUUGAAGACUCCAGUGGCAGCAGUUGUAGCCGCGGACUCCCAACACCACCGGUGCUGUGUGGACCCACACAGCCCACAUCCCCUCCCAUCUUCACUUAGAACCAAAGAGGGUCCAAUCAAUGCCAGCUCUUCCUCAUCGCUUCUGUUUAUAAAUGCCUGAAAGUGGCUUUAAAGACCUGAGAGGGUUUGUGUCUAUCAUGAACUAGGUUUGGGCUUUUAUUAGAAUCCAUGUCUUCCUCUCACUCUCUGCCAGAGAGCUGACCUGAGUGUCUGCUUUUUAAUGAGUUGAACAGGUGCCAUGUCUGUCAAGUUACGUGACUGAAAACAGAUAGAAAUGAGCAGGAAGAUUCCUUUCCCCAGCAGAUUUAAACCUAUGGCUGAUUUAUGUUGAUGUUUGGUAGAAAUCAAUACAAUAUUGUAAAACAAUUAUUCUUCAAUUAAAAAUAAAUAAAUUAAAAAAAUAAAAGACCUU